GUCUUACGUUAAAGUUACUACUUUACUUUUGACGAGCAAAUUUUUUAUUCAAUCAAGAAUUAAACAUUUUGCGAUCAAUUUUUUCUUCCUUUCAUUGUCUGAGAAAUAAGUACUAAAAAAACAAUUAAAAACCUACUUGAACUACUUCCAUAUCAUAAAAUACAUAAGUUAAAUAUAAACAUAUAAUAAACCCAUGAGUUUAAUUAUCAAUAAUGUCGAAUAAAUGGCAAAAUCGCACCGAAAUUGGUGGCAUUCUACGCAAAGGCAAUUCUGCCUCAUCCAACCCGGAGGCAAGAAGCGUGGAUUUGCUUGUCUUUGGCUAUGCCUGCAAAAUAUUUCGAGACGAUGCUAAAGCCCGCGAAAUUGAUCAAGGAAAACAUCUUAUUCCAUGGAUGGCCGAUGCGAACCUAAAGAUCGACAGAUAUGAUGUUAGAGGCGCUAUAUACGAUCUAGCCCCAUAUGAGCCUCCACCUGGUGGCUAUGGCAAUCGUUUGGAUUAUCUCAGCUCUGAGGAACAACGUGCCGAACAACUCUGCGAAGAGGAAAGAUACCUUUAUCUCUAUCGCAAUGAACAGGAUGAGAUCUUGUACCAAGAGGAGGAACUUAAACGUUUGCAACAAGAGAGCGGCGAUGAUUCAACAUAUAAUCAGGUGCAAUUCAAUUAUGAUACACCAUUGGGACCGAAUCGAGAUGAAAAUCCUUCUGAAUUUGGGGCCGAUAAUGAACCCGAUAAAGUCUUUUUGCUGCCGAAAAAUUUCGAAGUGCCAACUUCAAUUCAACUGCCUGAAACGAUGAAACAACACGCAAUCGUUGAGAAAACUGCUCGAUUCAUAUCAGCACAGGGCCCACAAAUGGAGAUACUGAUUAAAGCAAAACAAUCAAAUAAUCAACAAUUUGAUUUUCUCAAUCUAAAUAAUACUCUUAAUCCGUAUUACAAGUUUGUGCUGAGUGCUUUAAAAAGUGGAACCUAUCCUCAACCGGAGUGUGAGACAUUAGAGUCUCUUAAUUCUGAUGAAAAAUCAUCGAAUAAUACAGCGAAUAAUGUUUGUGUUGAAGAUCCCUUUUCGCAGCCUUAUAUACCAGUGCCUACGAUUAAAUACACGCCUUCAGCCAAUUGCGCGUAUACACAGUUAAUAAGUAAAAUUAAAGGUGUGCCAUUGCCUCCACCAGAACCAGAAAAACAACAAUCGACCAUAUAUACACCCGUGCUCUUGCAACAAAAUGCAAAUACUGCAACAAUUGUUACUUCUGAAAAUGGUCAAGCGUCUUUAAAUAAUCAACAACAACAACAACCUCCAACAAAACUUCAACCGAAAAACGUGUCGAAUGCAUUAAUGCUGGCGCAUUACUGCUCUUCGGAUACUGACAGCGAAGAACAAACAGAAGAUGAAGAAACCAAGGAAAAAGGUGGUGAAAAUAACGUAGAACUGUGCUUUCCCAUUCCUCCUGAUUAUUUGCAAAAUAUUAUUGACAAAACAGCUGGUUAUGUGAUUAAGAAUGGUCGUCAGUUUGAGGAAACACUUCGUAUAAAAAAUGAUGAACGGUUUACGUUUUUGUUCCCGGAUAAUGAGUUCUAUUCUUAUUAUAUGUAUAAAGUGACUGGAGAAAACAAAUUAUACCACUCCGAUGAUGAAGAAUGUGAUGAAAAGCAAAUAAGUGCUAGUGGUCCAGUAUCAUUCUCAAUCAAAAUCAAAGAUGAACAGCCGGUAUCUGCUUUACGACAAGCCCUUCCACAAGAAACAAGCGACGAUGAGACUGAAAACAAAAUUAAGUCAAAUGGCACUAGCAUUCAGGUCGGUGAUCAAGUACAAAUGCCACAGCAGCAAGUACCAGCGCGUAGUGUACCAGAGCAUGUUCAAAAAGCAAUACAGCUAGUCGAAAGUCAAUUGAUGGCCAGAAAUGCUCAGCUUGGAAUACCCACGGUGCAAAACAGAUCAAGAUUUGAUAUUGAUCAGAGCGGAACAGUGGCACCAAAGGUAAUUCAACCCCUAUCAUCACUUCUUGUUGCUGUAGCAGAACAGUCAUCUACAAAUCAAGUAAAAUCUCACCAAAAAGAACUGAAGAGAGCGGAAGAAAAGGUUAAAGACAAAUUAGCUCAAAUUGCGAGGGAAAAAUUGGGAGGACUUAUUUCAAAGGAAAAACAAUUGCAAAUUGAACGAAAGAAGAAAGCGAUGGCUUUUCUUAAUCAGAUUAAAGGUACGUCUCAAUCAACAGUUGGUGAAUCGAACACAUUAUUCGCAAAAUCAACCGCCGUACAAAAAGACGAAGAUGAUUCCGAUGCUUCAUCUAUUCAUUCCAUUCCCAUAUCAUCGUAUGGUGAUGAUAAGUCAGAUAAUGAAAUUUCAACAAUACCGUCCAACACCUAUCCACCUCAUGAAAAAGUGACAAUUGAAGAUGAAGAUGACGACGACGAAGUGCAGUUAGUCACUGUAGAAACUAAGAAGCGACACUCAAGAUCUCGAGUGCGUCAGCAAACACAAACUCCCGAAGUAGUUAUCAUCUCCCCAAAACAUUUGCAUUCUCAUUCUCGUUCUCGGUCUCGCGCAAAACACGCAAAAUCUAAAACUCACAAAUCAAAAAAGAAGUCUUCCAAACAUAGCCAUCACCAUGGUAAGAAGAAGUCAAAGAAGCGUUCCCGCAGUCACAGCACAUAUCGAAGCCAAAGUUGUUAUUCAGAAGAUGAAGAAGAAGCAUAUUCAUCGUCGGAUUCAUCGAGUAGAAAACGAAGAAAACGAUCAUCUUCGCAUAAAAAGAAGAAAUCGAGCAGAAGACACGAUAAAUAGAUAUCGUCAGCAAUGUUUUGUACAAAGAAUCUAAAAAAAGUUUUAAACACAAAGUACAUGUUUUAUAAAUUAAUGAAAAUUAUGUUUUGUAAUUUAAAAUUGUACAAAUAUUAAUAAUUUAAUAAAGUAGAUGAUAUUGUAUAUAAUAAAAAAAA